CAGACAGUUCCUGUUUUGCUGCACUUGCCAUCUUGAGUGUGCAGUUAAAGGGUCCGUUUAAAAAAAAAAAAGCACAACAGGAGGAUGUGGCGCUGGUAUUUCCCUCUACCGGCGCCUCUCAACUGUAGUUGAUAAAGGAUGAUCCAGGACGGCCAGAGUUAGUGGAACAGAGGCAAACGGAAAGGACUUCCUCUUUUGUUUGUCUUUUUUUUCUUCUUACAUCUGUGGAUGCUGGGAUGGUCUUGCAGACGAUGGAGCAGAGCUCGUGCACGGAGGAUCGCAUCCAGCACAGUCUCGAGCGCUGCCUCUGCCACCUGGGAGUUGACUCUCCCGACAAGAAGCUCUGGAAUGCUGGACUGUGCAUAAGCCGCUGGUGUUUGGAGGAACUUGUGAAGCGGCAUCCCCACAACUUCCUCAUCCUUCUGCAGAAAAUACUGCAAAAAACAAAGGAGGUUCUGGAGGAGUGCCAGUAUGAACUGGUGGUUCCCCUGACUCUCCUGUUCUCUGCUGCUCUUCUCAAAAGCCCACAUUUAGGCGCAGGAUGCUGUGUUCUCCAGGAGGCCUACCUGUUGUUCCACCAGUUCCUGGCCUGGCCCGAGCCUUGCAGCUCCGCCAGCAAGCGUUUACUCGUGGUCAUCGAGCAGGAGAUUCGAGCGCCAGGUAUUUCAUUUCAGCGACUGGUAAGGACAGAGCAGGCUAUUUCCCCUGACCUUAACUGCUCUAAAACUUUAGUGGUCCUGUUGGUGAGUCCAGAUGCUGACACCCCCCAGGAGGUCCAGCUGACCUCUGAGCAGCUCAGUACCAUGCAUUACUCCAGCAGGAACACCAUAACAACUCUUAUCCUGCACAGCUUUCAGGCUGCUUUCGGUACCAAACUGGACCUGCGGGUUCUCCACGCAGCCCUGCAGGAGAAAGAGCUGUAUGAGCUGGAGCAGCUUUAUGAGACGAUAACUGGCAGCAUGGAGACGGCAACCUCUGGGGCGGAUCACACGGCUGCCAGGGAGGGACUACUCGGCAGCUUGGAGAAGCUCAGAGAAAGUCUCUCUGUCCCUUCUGGUUGCUCAGAGACCGGGUCUUUAGAGAGCCUAACGCUGCCCUACCCCAAAUGCCACACAUGCUUAUGGGAUGAGGACAACUUCGAUGUUCUAAAAGACCUGCUUUUAGUCGAUUCUGACCUGGACUCCCCUCCAGAAUGUUUCCCCAAAAUCGACGAGGAUGACACUUUUGACACUAGUAUCGACGAGGAAGACGAGCAGGACUCCUCGAGCAAACCGGACGAUCCGUUUCAAAGCCAUCGGAUCUCCACCGCCUCGUCUUCCUCGAGGGACUCUACCUUCUCGGGAUACUCUCUCUCUUCUAGCUGGUCCGUGCCAUCUGCUUCAUCAGGAGUGGAAAGCGACUUCAGCGAGGACACAGCGCACGAGGACACCAAGGAAGGGCAAGGCAGGCAACUGAAAGUCAGAAAGAAACCCAAGAAAAAGUCCAAAUCCCUCUUGGGAUUGGAGCGAUUCUCCUUGCUCUUCAAGACUCCGCACAGUCCGAGCACAUCUCGCCGCGUCCGGAGCAUGGGCUACAACGGAGACAUCACAAAAGACUACCUGAUGAUGGGGGCACAGCUCAAACACUCCGGGACCCCUAUGAGACAUAUUCGUCAUCUCAAUGUGUCCACGGCCCCCGUAGAUCCUUCCGCUCCCCAGAGGCACAUCUGCGUCCGCAGGAGGCCGAUUCUGAGCUGCAGCGAGGCGAAUGAGGCGGAAGUGCUGACCGUCGUCAAGGUGGUCGCGUUCGGGGGUGACAGAGAGGCUGGGAGGCUCGCUCGGGCGUACAGCGACCUGCAGCAGAAAGAGAGAAAGUGUCCCCAGCUCACAAGGACAUGCAAACUGCAGUUUUACUUUGUUCCCACCAAGAGGAAAAGUGUAAGCCCAGGAGCAGGACACAUGCCUGCAGAAGGGCAGGAGUCAAAUUGCCAAGAAGUGGAGGACAGUACAACAGAUAUAGCCCAGAUGUUGGGUAUGAUGGACCCCUGGUAUGAGCGCAAUGUCUUCAGUCUGCUGAGCUUGUCCUCCGAAGUUCUCUGUGAGGGAGCUCCCAAGGAGGACGAUGUCUCCGGCGGCACCGGCGCCACAGAGCACCGCCUCCCCCUGCUGGCCGACUUGGUGCUCUAUUACUGCAGACACGCCGAUCAACCCGUUCUGGUGCAGCUCUACCAGGCUGAGCUGACCCUGGAAGGGGGAGAGAAGAGAAAGGAAGUGUUCAUUCAUUCCUUGGAGCUCGGACACACAGCUGGAGCCAGAGCUGUUAAAGCCAUGGGCGCUGUGAGCAAAAGGUUGGGAAUAGAUGAAGAGCGGGAGGCUGUUCCUCUCACCCUCAAUGUGGCCUACAACAAGGGGUCCAUCAGCGGGAGGAGCCACUGGAUGCACAAAGAGGCGGUCUGCACCUCCAUCAACCUUCAGAAGACAUGCAGAGAGUCCAAACAGCUGGAUUCUAAAGAGGGCCUGCAGCUGACAAUGACAGAGGUUGUGAAGAAGCAGAGCUCCAAAUCUAAAAGGGGUUACAACCAGAUCUUGAUAUCAGAAGUGAAGGUGGACAAGAUGCAAGUGACUGCCCAAGGGGAUGGGAGCACGUUUGCUGUUUGCCUGGAUCAAGACAAAAAGACGUUCAUCCAAAGUGUGAAGAGGUGCGAGGUGUCGCUGUGCAGCAAACCAGGCAGCAGUUCGGACUGGAGGUCCUACAAAACACUACCGGGCCAAAUCCAGCCCCUCCACCCGACGUUCUGCUCCCUGCUCUGCCUUCCCGUCACUGCCUUCUCCGCUGCUGACCCCUGACCCCAGCUCCGUCUGACCAUCCAGGACCCAAAGAACACACCGAGUGGGGAAAAUCAAAGAAUAGGGACAAAGAACAGGGUUUAACAUUUCAUUUCAAGAAGCCGAUGUCUAUUUAUUAACAAUUUAACAUUAAAAAUACAUUUUGUGCUGUUCAUAUGUCCAUAUCGUUAUUUAGAAAAGACUGUUUUUUCUUAACACUUUGGUGUUGAAAGCUGUAUUUUUCACUGUCUUACAUCAGUAGUUUUAAAAAAAAUAAUAAAUUCGGUGCUCUAAUGGUUGAUGCCAAAAACUGGUAAAGGUACACGUAAUAUUUCCAAAGUUUUUUUUAUGUGUGGUAGUUUAAGUCUACUCAACAAGUCAGAUGAAAACGUCACUAAUGUUUCCUCAGUUCCAGCCAGAAGUAGACGCUCCUCAUGGCUAUAAUCGCCGUAGUAAUGUUUUGUUUUUUU